UGGCCCAUUCCGAUCGUUCGCUUGACAUUGUUGGGUUUGCCUCCAUCCUCUACAUCGAAGCUUGCAACUUUGAGUUCCUCUCGAACAAACAAUAAUGCAUCCUGCUGAUAAUCAACGAAGAAUUCAAGUGUAUCCUAGGACAAAGCCUGGUGAAACAGUGCGGAGAAGGGCUUUGUUUCUGUCUAAGGAUGAUGUGAUGGCUUUGUUUCAUCUGCGACAAGGAGAAGCUGCAAACCAUCUUGGCAUUUCUCUCACGGCUCUGAAAAAUGCGUGCAAGAGGCUUGAUAUCAAGAAAUGGCCCUAUGUCCGACAGAAGGAAGGCCGUGGGCAAGUAUCCUCUCCUCAAAAUAGUCAGGAUGCGCAAAUGGAUAUCAGAAAUGCGGUGAAUGAGCAAUUGUCAGAGUCUUGUUCUUCUGGCAACGAGAGUUGUGAAGAUGUAGAGAGCGAAGAUUCCAUGGCGGCCGAUCCACACGAGGCUGAGUCUGCAACAUCUUCCACAGAAUCCUCUACACCUGACUCGUCAACGAAAGAUUUUUCAAGAGAAGAGACGAAAAUUAGUGACGAUACCAAUUCUUCGACAGCCGAGCAACCAGAUAAUGCUGGGUUUGAAAGACCUGAAGUUACAGCAACACAACGAAGGAACUCUCUCUCCAGCAACAUUGGCCCUCGCGACGUCUUCUUGAAGUCGAUGCAAGUGUCGCCCUUCUCCUCCAGUUUCAUCGAAUGGUAUGUGACUGCAGAAGAGGAAGAGUUGCAUAGGUCCAUUGAGACCUCAGUUACUCAUCGUCCGAGGGAGAGCGUGAUGUAAAAGCAAGUUGGCAAUCGAAAGAAGAUCCACUACUUCGAACCCUCUUCUCCAGUACUGAAUGAAGGCUGCGCUCUACGGUCCGAGUUCUUUCUUUAAUUGUUUUCUCAUCUUGCCAACAAUACCAAACCGUAAGAGUGAGAGUAGAAACUUUGAAUCUUGUGUACAUCUAUGAUCAGUAAAUGCCCUGGCGUGGCGUGCCACUC